AUCCUGAUUUGUCAUUCCCCAGACGACUCCUCAACAUUACAAUAUUUGCUUCAAUAAUAAGGUGCCAGUACUACUUCACUUUCAUCAUUGCUGAUGGUAUAUGCAAUGCUGGUGGUCUGGGCUAUGAUUCAUUAGCCAGUGAUGAGUCCAAGAGGUGGAGUCUGACGACAAUGGUUGACGUGUAUCAGAUUGAACUAGCCACUAGUGCUCGUGAACUGAUAUCAGGAUGGAACCUACCAACAAUGAACUGGCUAAGAAGGUUAAUCUAUGACAGAGGUAAUAAAUCUGUAUUACUCACCAACAUGGUAUCAGCAAUGUGGCAUGGUUACUAUCCUGGAUAUUACUUAUCCUUCCUUGUGGCUGGCCUAGGUACACUAGUUGGUCGUAAGUUACGGUUUAUCACCCAGAAUGCAUUCGAUAGCUCUCGUGUCAUGAAAAGCUCCUACACUGUACUCUGUAUCAUUGUCCUAUCUUUAAUGAGAGACUUCAACUUCAUAUCAUUCCAGCUGAUGUUCCUUGAAGACAUAUUCUUCAUUUGGAAGUAA